AUAUCACCUUAAGGAACAAAAAUCGAUCAAAUAAUAUAUUCUUUUUUUUUUUAUCAUUAUUAUUUUCUAUAAUUUUUUUGACAGAAUUUCGAAAAAGAUUGUAAAUGGAUCUUUGAUUUUAAACUGAUGCUUACAGAUUCAAGUUUAACAAAUAUAUUAGUUGUGAGUGGUGUUUCACAAAUAAGAUAUAGAGUAUACAAUCAACAAUGUAGUAGAUCAAAUCUUGUCAAUUACUUGAGAAAUUCAUCCGAAAAUGACUGUAUUACUUUAUUAAAAGCUCAUCAUGAUUUAAUAUCUUUGCAUAUACCUACAGUAUGGUAUGUAAAAGAAAAUUCGGAAAGUGAUCUUGUAUUAGAACUUUGGGUAUUUUGGUUCGAUGAAAGACAUACUGGAAAAAUAGACGCGAACAAUGAUCUAUACGCGCUUGAAGAAACUAAGGUAGGAUCGUUUACAUGGGAGAAUGCUUAUUCAAAAAUUCAAUCACCUACUGCAUCGCCUACUACAACUUCAACGCAAUCAAAUAUACCUGUUACAGUCUCUGAGGAAUACAAAUGGUUUAUUAAAUCCGUUAGAAACUUAGUUCAUGCACAAAUGAAACUCAAAGGAGCUAUACCUCUGGGAGAAUUUUAUGUUUUUCCAAAUAUUGAUCAAAACGACGUUAUUGAAGAUUCUAGAUCAAACUUACUAAAAUUACCAAACUCUAUGCUUUGUUAUUCCUAUAAUAUAUAUAUUGCAAGUACAAACUUGAUAUUUCAGCCAAAUGCCCGGCGAAUAAGACUAAAGCCUGUUACUUUACAAACAAUUUGCACACGAGGAAAGAAAGUUAUUUUGAGUCCUUCUGGAGAAACAGCUCUUAUAGCUUCUAACAAUCAUCACUCAAUUGCACAACAAACUGAGCAACUUAUUCUCAAAACAUGGUCAACACUAUUAGAGAUACCCUUCCAUCAUUUAAUUCAAUCGCAUGGACCACGAAAAGAAAAUUUACCAAAUUUAGUAGCUAUUAAAAGUUUAACUAAUGAAGAUACGUUUUAUUAUCCAACAUGCUUAGUUUUUGUCUCUUCAUCCUCAGCAGUUUCACCAACCGCCAUGGCAGGCUUUAAUGGGCUUUUUGGUUUCAAUCAGGGGUUUUCUGAAGAUUUGGGAGAUAAAUGGCAUAGGUGGGCAUGGAAUGAGGGUAUCACAAAUUAUUGGGAAUUUACCUGUCCAAUAAACACAACAAUUACAACUGUUUUAGAUGCUCUGGCGUCUCAGCAAGAUCAGAGCCCUGGCAACAUAGGUCUCUUGCAAAAGGCAAUUAAUGAACCUGUGACUGCUAGUCCACUAAUGGCAACCAAAUCUGUUGCUAACAUUCAAAAAAACGAGACAACCACAUCAACACCAACCUCUACUCUUUCUUUCGAUGAGCAAUCAUCAUUACAUUAUCAAUUACAGGACCGCAACAAGAUAAAAAGUCAACCUAGAUUAUCUCUAGCUGAAUUUGCUAUGGCUAAUUUUGUAAUUCCAAAUAGUAAAGAUGAUUUAAUAGAGUAUCCUAUCAUGAAUAACGAUCUACAGCAACAGUAUCAGCAUCAGCAUCAGCAUCAGCAUCAGCCGCAUCAGCAACAACAACAACAACAACAACAACAGCAGCAACUACCGCAACAAGAGCCUGAACCUGAUCAACUGAAUUUAACUCAUAAUAUAAUUACUUCUCAUGAUGUAACAGCAAUAAAUACAACCAAUACAUCAGCUUAUCAAUCACCUCAAAUGACUAACCUUGAAUUAAGUAGUUUUGGUAUUAAUAUGGAUGUUGAUAAUAUGGUACUUGAUAUAUCUGAUAGAUGGAAUAACGAUGGUAUAGAUGAUUUGGAUAAUUUUGACUUUGGUGUAACCGAAGAAGAUUUUGACUUCUUCGAGUCUUCAGAGCCCACUACUGUGCCAGCAACUGCACCAACGAUGCUACCUCAUCAAUCAGAUGAAACAAUGAUGGUAGAUAACGAUACUAUUCUAAAACAGGCUUUGACUGAUCCUAUUCUUUCAGAUGAUGUUAUAAAGCAAGAAAGUAUCCCUUUUAUAGAUACAUUUGAUGAUCAAAAAGCAAUGGAUUUAGAUCAAAAGCACUGCCCAAUAAAUGCCAAUCAUACACAAGAUAUACCAAUAGCACCUUUGCAAGUGGCUAUAUCAAAUCAUGACUCUGUUAACAAUGUUGAUGUAUUUGAUCCACAGCAAUAUAAGACGGAAGAUCCACAGAUAACAAUGAGGUCACCACAACAACAAACGUUUGUACCACCUGAUUUUGCGCCUGUCAAGAUGAAUUUCAUUGUGAACGAUGCUAAAUAUAUAAAUGGAGGUAAAUUUACAUAUGCACCAGCCGAUGGCGAUAUGAUAAAGUCCAAAAAGAAAAGUGAGGAGUACCGACCUGACUAUGUUCCUAGUAAUCGACGAAGAAGAAGGAAAUCGAGUAAACUAUUGCAAGAUACGAUCAAUGAAACUAAUAAAUCACUUAGCAACAAUGGAGCAGAUAAAAUAGUUGCGCCUAAUAAAUCAACAAAAUUGAUUGAUGAACCUAUGAAUGAAAUGUGUGAUAGUGAUAGUGAUAGUGCUAGUGAUAGUGAUAGUGAUAGUAGUAGUAGUAGUAGUAGUAGUAGUAGUAGUAGUAGUAGUAAUAGCAGCAGCAGUAGCAACAGCAGUAAUAGUGAUAAUAAUGAAAUGGAUUAUUCUGAUGACAAUUCUUAUGAUUCAGACGAUAAACUCAUGGACUCUUUAAUAUCUGUGCAAACUAGGCUUAUUGAAAAGCUACUAAGUUGUACAGUAAAAAAGAAGAAACUAGUUAAACUAGAUCAACUUGUCAUGGAUUAUGAUAGUCCAUUUGCUGGCACAGUUAGUAGCAAUAUUAUUCGUAUAUCGAAUGUCAGAGGUUUGGAUGAUAUUAGUGCUUUGGAUUAUUUAUGCCAGCAGGCUGUUAUUGGUGGAUAUCCAUUUUCAGGAGGAAUCGAAACCAUGUCAUCCAGUGGGUUUGUAGCAAAUGGUGAAUCUGCAAAGAUGGUAGCUGCUAGAAGAAGGAACUUAUUGCAGAAAUUUUAUGGAGAUGCGAUUCAUAUUCCUUCUACACCACAUGAUGUUGACUUUAUGAUACAAGAUUUUAAGACAGUACUUGCUGAAAUAUUUCAUCAAAAGACAGAGUCAAUAACUGAAGGUAUAGGUGACAUGUGUUUAGAUCAAUUGCCUUUACCUACUUCAGUUACCGUCAAAGGCCCUCUAAAUGUACAACAAUACUAUGAUCUUUCAGAAACGACACAAGCCCAUUCUAAAUAUGGUAAAUAUCAAGUUAAGAAGCGACGUCCUGCAGAACCUAAUUUUGAUAUCUUACAACCACCUACCAUUACUGUCUGUCGUCAGGAUGAUUUACUAGAAGGUACAACAAAUUUGAUUAUGUUUUGGGAGAAGCUAAGAUUAGAGCCCUAUUCUUCUAAAAAGCACAUCAGCUAUUUUGUUGUUUACCCAAAAAAUGAUUCCAUCGAACAUGAUGUGUCUAAUUUUUUUAAAGGCUUAAGUACAUUAUAUGAAACUUGUCAAUUAGGUGCACAUCACCCAGGAAAUGUAGGUCCUUAUCGUAAGGGGCUUGUACCAGUACCACUUUUACCUCAACUGGCAAAUGAAUCUUUUGAGGAAAGACAAAUGCGAAGUUAUUUCGAAGAAUGCCAAAAUUUAGGAUCUGCUUUAGGCAGUGCAAUGACUGAUCAUAGUGUUCAUAUCGUUAUUUAUAUGAUUAAUCCAGCUUCAUAUUUAUCAUCCAAUUUUGAUUUAAGUCGUUGUUUUAGUAAAUUAGUAAGAAAUUAUCAAAAAGCAGUUAAUGAUAAAACCAAAGCAAGGAUUGUAUUACAGUUGAUGCCAAUCGAACACGUAUUACGGUCAACAUCUUUUGGUGGCUGUCUAAAAUUUGGUCUUAAAGAAAUUGCCUUUGCAGUCUACAACAAAUGCCAUACAGUUACUCAUCGCAAUCAAGCUACACAAGACAUUUAUGCACCAGCUUUUAUCUUAUCCAAACCAAUACCAUCACAAAUUCAAUUCAAGUUGAAGAACUCAAUUAGUGCAUUUCCUACAGUUUUGGAACAAAAUAGUGUCUUGCACAUGGGCUAUACGUUUAGUUUUGAUAAACACUGGAUGAUUAUCGUCUGGACAGAUAAUCACGGUGAAAUGAUUGAAUUUACUCUUUUAGAUAAUCGACGUCCACGUCUAGUGGUGUUUAAAGAAGCAUGGCAUCGUACUUUAAAGAUAUCAAAACGGACUGGAUUUGAAUGGACUUUUGUAAUAGCUAAACUUGGGCUCAUAUUUCAAAAGGAACUUCGAGCCUGGAUUGAUUGUUUACCGACAGAAAAAAAGAUUGCAAUUGUAGGGUUAGAUAUUGAAUCCACUUUUUAUGUGGGUCCAAAUAAUGAUACUGAUAUUCCAAAUGGGGAUGUGCUAAUGAGUCGUACUUCAAGCACUACUAGUGAUUCAUUAAAUACUACACUUGAUCCUUCAUCAGGAAAUUUGAUGAAUACUGCCAAUCAUAAAAAGAUAAUGACGCAAGUUAUAGAUGAUGAACAUACAAAAGCGUUAUUAUUGAAUCAUCGAGCAGCCUAUUCAAACAAAAGAGAGAGCAUGUUCUUUGGUAUUCUUGACAGCGUAAAAGAAGAAGAUUGGAUGAUACCCCUGGCAAGUGGUUACAUGAUACAUUCAUCGUCCACAAGCGAAAAUCCUAAUCAUGAAUUAUUUAAUUGUAACCCACUUAUUCUAGAGAUACACUUGGUUUAUAAUCAAACAAGCCAUUCUGCAUAUAGUGCCUUAAGAGAUAUUAUCAAAAAGUAUCAUUCAUUGUCCUUUGUAAAUGUAAUGCCUUCUAGUAGUAAUUGUUUCCCUAAUCAUCUUGCACUAGUUGAAAGACUUUCUCGUCUACUCCUUGUUAUUAAUAAUUAAUUAAAAUUUCAUUAAUACUUAAACAUGUAUAUAUACAAGAGGUAGUUGUUUAAAAUAAAUACGAAAAGAUAUAUAUGUGCU